AUGACAUCAUCAUUAACUCUUUUUUCAAACGAUAAAUUAUAUCAAGAAUCUAUUGAAACAAAAGUCCAAACAGUACACACUGGAAGAAAAGUUAAUAUUAAUAAAAUGGUAUACGAAAAAGUUCAAUCAUGUAAUGGAAAUGAAACAGUCGAUGAACAACGAUCCCAUGUCUCAUUAUCAAAAUAUUCAGCGUUCAAAAAACCAAUGACUGUGAAUUCCAUGAAAACUUUAGUUUUAAAUGAAUUACGUGAUUACUUUGCAAAUAAAAAUACAAAAAAUCAAAAUAAAGUGAAGACUAAAAGUAAAAUGUACCAAGUUCAACCAGUCGUUAAUAUAGAACAAGCCAUUACCAGCGUGAAUGAAAAUAAAGUCACAAAAAAUUUAGUCAACUUAUCAAUAAAUAAUUUUGAGAAAAAUAAUAGCGGAAAAACAAUAACAAACUAUUUAUAUAGUAGAAAAUUAGUGCCAUUAACAUCAUUUUAUACUCAACAAUCACAGGUGCCAGCUAUAUCUUACAUAGAACGUUUUCAAACAUCAUCAACACUUACCAAAUCUAGUAUAAUCACCAUCGGUGUAGCAAUUUUAACAUCAACUUCCCUGCUAAGUUAUACAAUUGACCAGAGAAAAUAUUUACUGAGUCUUCUAGGUGAUACAUUAUUUUAUUCAACAUCCUUCGCAUUCGGUUUACUGGGCGCAAAAAUUGUUAAUCAUACAGAUCCAAUACAUAUGCAACAUUUUGGUGAUAUAUUAACAAAGAGUUUGUUGUUACACACUUUUUUAACUAUGAUGGAUGGUGAAUGUCAAUCAGUACAUUUGAAUUUUUAUUCCAAACAGAAAUCGUUGACUCGAGUUUUAACGGGUGCUUUACACUUAAUAGCUGGUUUUACAACAAAUUUUGAUCGAAAAAAUGAAAUUAAGCUACAACACAAUAAUAGAGCAUAG